CUGUGGAAUGGGCGGGGGCGCUGGAGCGGGGCUGCGGAGGGGAGCGGACCGUGGGAGCAGCGGGUGGCCUGAGGAACGCGCCUCAUGGGGGGAAAGGACUCGCCGUCCGAGCAGCAGCACUGCAGGCAGUUGAACUGAAGAAAGUGACUUUGGAGCUUUCAUCUCUUCUACCAUUUGGGAUUUAAUUUGCAUCAUCUCUGGCUCUAUAAAAAGAAAAAAAGUCAAACCCACACACAACAUGUUGUUGCGCAGAAAGACUUCCACUCCCUGGCUGUGCUAUUAAUGUUAGCAAUCAGGAAAAGCCUUUGGGGGCUGCAGAUUCUCUGUAGUCUGAUGCUGCUGCUGCUGCCGCCACCGCCACCACCACUGCUGCUAAGGGUUUUGGUGCAGGGAAUCCAAACUGCUGCCUUUUCUGUCGGCUGAGCUCUUCACAUCUGCAUGUCUCUGCUGCUCACACACACUCCAUCUCCCACCCUCUCUCCAUGGACUGAUUGCUGUUGAGGGAAGACGAGCCUGGCCAAGUGAUUGUUUUUGGGAGGAACGCAAAUUGCAUUUAUUUUGUCGUAUUCUGGAGGAUCUGCUCUGAGGAUAAUCUUUUUUUUUGCUGGGGGGGAAAAAAACAUGACGUCGCCAGCGAAAUUCAAAAAGGAUAAGGAGAUCAUAGCUGAAUAUGACACUCAAGUCAAAGAGAUCCGAGCCCAGCUUAUUGAACAACUGAAAUGUCUUGAUCAGCAAUGUGAGCUUAGAGUCCAGCUGCUCCAGGACCUGCAGGAUUUUUUCCGCAAAAAGGCUGAGAUCGAGAUGGAUUACUCCAGGAACUUGGAGAAGCUAGCUGAACGAUUUCUGGCAAAAACAAGGAGCACCAAAGACCAGCAAUUCAAGAAGGAUCAGAAUGUUCUUUCACCUGUCAAUUGCUGGAACCUCCUUUUAAACCAGGUGAAGCGGGAGAGCAGGGACCACACCACCUUAAGUGACAUCUACCUGAACAACAUCAUCCCUCGGUUUGUUCAAGUCAGUGAGGACUCUGGGCGACUUUUCAAAAAGAGCAAAGAAGUGGGGCAGCAGCUCCAGGAAGACUUGAUGAAGGUCCUGAAUGAGCUCUACACGGUGAUGAAGACCUACCACAUGUACAAUGCCGACAGCAUCAGUGCUCAGAGCAAGCUGAAAGAGGCAGAGAAGCAGGAAGAGAAGCAGAUUGGCAAGUCUGUGAAGCAAGAGGAUAAGCAAACCCCACGCUCCCCUGAUUCAGCCUCCAGUGUCAAGUUUGAAGAAAAACAUGUCCGGCGAAGCUCAGUCAAGAAGAUUGAGAAAAUGAAAGAAAAGCGCCAGGCAAAAUACACAGAAAAUAAACUGAAGGCGAUUAAGGCAAGAAAUGAGUAUCUGCUGGCUCUGGAGGCCACCAAUGCGUCUGUGUUCAAGUAUUACAUCCAUGACCUGUCUGAUCUCAUUGAUCAGUGCUGUGACCUGGGAUAUCAUGCCAGCCUCGGUAGGGCACUCAGGACAUUCCUGUCAGCAGAGCUGAACUUAGAACAAUCAAAGCACGAGGGCCUGGAUGCCAUUGAGAAUGCUGUGGAGAACUUGGAUGCCAACAGCGACAAGCAGCGCCUCAUGGAGAUGUGUAACAAUGUCUUCUGCCCACCCAUGAAGUUUGAGUUUCAGCCGCACAUGGGAGACAUGGUGUCCCAGCUGUGUGCCCAGCAGCCCGUGCAGAGUGAGUUAGUGCAGAGGUGUCAGCAGCUGCAGUCUAGGCUAUCCACGCUGAAGAUCGAAAAUGAAGAGGUUAAGAAAACAAUGGAAGCCACACUGCAGACUAUCCAGGAUAUCGUCACCAUUGAGGAUUUCGAUGUCUCUGACUGCUUCCAGUAUAGCAACUCGAUGGAGUCUGUAAAAUCAACAGUCUCCGAAACCUUCAUGAGCAAGCCAAGCAUUGCCAAGAGACGGGCAAAUCAGCAGGAGACAGAACAGUUCUACUUCACGAAGUUGAAGGAGUAUCUGGAAGGGCGGAACCUCAUCACCAAGCUUCAGGCAAAACAUGACCUCCUUCAGAAGACUCUGGGAGAAAGUCAAAGGACUGACUGCUCUCUUGCCAGCAGACGCAGUUCUACCAUAAGGAAGCAGGAUUCCAGCCAAGCGAUUCCCCUGGUGGUAGAGAGCUGCAUACGAUUCAUUAGCCGACAUGGGCUGCAGCAUGAAGGGAUAUUCAGGGUGUCAGGAUCUCAGGUUGAGGUGAAUGAUAUAAAAAAUGCAUUUGAGAGAGGGGAGGAUCCACUGGCUGGAGAUCAAAAUGACCAUGAUAUGGACUCAAUAGCAGGUGUACUAAAGCUCUACUUUCGUGGGCUAGAGCAUCCCCUCUUCCCCAAGGAAAUCUUUCAUGACCUGAUUGCCUGUGUCACAAUGGACAAUCUGCAGGAGAGAGCUCUACACAUCCGGAAAGUCCUUCUGACUUUGCCUAAAACCACUUUGAUUGUAAUGAGAUACCUCUUUGCAUUCCUCAAUCAUUUAUCUCAGUUCAGUGAAGACAACAUGAUGGACCCCUACAAUUUAGCCAUCUGCUUCGGGCCCACGCUGAUGUCAGUGCCUGAAGGCCACGAUCAGGUCUCCUGCCAAGCCCAUGUCAAUGAGCUCAUCAAAACUAUAAUCAUACAACACGAGAAUGUCUUCCCAGGACCAAGAGAGCUGGAGGGCCCUAUAUACACCAGGGGUGGAAGCACUGAGGAUUACUGUGAAAGCCCCCAUGGAGAGGCAGCCUCCACAGAAGAUGCAGCUCAGGAUAUGGUCACUGAACACCAUACCAGCGAUGAUGAAUGUGAACCUAUUGAAGCAAUAGCCAAAUUUGACUACAGCGGCCGAACAGCACGCGAGCUCUCUUUUAAAAAGGGGGCUUCCCUCCUGCUUUAUCACCGGGCCUCUGACGACUGGUGGGAGGGCCGUCACAACGGAAUUGAUGGCCUGAUCCCCCAUCAAUACAUCGUUGUCCAGGACACUGAGGAUGGUGUAUCAGAAAGAUCAAGCCCAAAAUCUGAAAUAGAAGUAAAUUCAGAGCCACCGGAAGAAAAGGUGACUGCCAGAGCUGGUUCCAACUGCCCAAGUGGGAGCCAUGUUGCAGACAUUUAUCUUGCAAAUAUCAAUAAGCAAAGAAAGAGACCAGAGUCUGGCAGCAUACGAAGAGCUUUCCGUCAAAGUGACAGCCACGGGCUGCCCAGCUCCCUGGGAGAACCAGUCCCACCAGGAGCUGUGGCCAGUUCACGUCCCUCCUCACAACCCAUUAUGAGCCAAAGUCUCCCGAAAGAGGUACCAGAUGCAUCUUCCAUCAGUGGCCAUGGGAGCCUCAAUUCGCUCAGCCGGCAUGCCUCUCUGAAGAACAGGAUAGAUAGCCCCCACAUCCGGAAAAAUGUGACCACUGGAAGGUCAAAGAGCUUUAAUAACCACCGGCCCAUGGACCCUGAAGUCAUUGCACAGGAUAUUGAAGCUACUAUGAACUCUGCUCUGAACGAGCUGCGGGAGCUGGAAAGGCAAAGCAGCGUGAAGCACGCGCCAGAUGUUGUCCUGGACACCCUGGAGCCGUUGAAAACCUCUCCUGUUGUGGCCCCCACCUCGGAGCCUUCCAGCCCAUUGCAUACUCAGAUCCUCAAAGACUCUGAACCAGCUUUCCAGCGGAGUGCCAGCACGGCAAGCGACAUUCCCUGCGCUUUCAGGCCAGCAAAGUCUGUCAAAAUGGCCGCCCCGGUCAAACCUCCAGCAACCAGGCCAAAGCCUGCAGUUUUCCCCAAAACAAACACCACAAGCCCUGUGGUUGCCUCAGCAUCUCAACAGUCUACUGACAAGUCCUGUACUGUCUGAACUUGAAAGCCUACUGUGAAUAUAGCAAAAAAAAUUGUUUGUUUCAGAUGAGGGGACCCUGUUAAGGAGAUGUUAGAAAUUUCUAUUAAUUAGUACUGAACUUCUGCUGAAGAUUAGUUUGGAAGUUACCAUCGCUAGGGAUUCUCCCGACAGGAAAGCCCCAACUAAUUAAGUCUCAUUUUGCACCUCCCAUCACCUGUGAUGCUAGGACAUCACAGCUCUGUGUAGCCCGAGACAUAGAAAGCCUUGUAUCAGGUUGCUGUGAAAUCAGUGAGGAAAAGACAGAACUGAGUGGUAAACAGUCAAUGCCUUGUUUGAGUGUCUGGUCACUAAGGGAAACCAUCAGGGUCAUCUUUUAGAGGUUAGCAGAAAAGACUUCUGUGCUUCAACCACUACAGGGAUACAAUACAAUAUUGUUCACCCAUGGAUGUUUUUGAUCUCACUGGUUUAGAUGGCCGGGUAUGCCUGGGGCAUAUUUUUGUGCACUAUUACAGUGCAUAAUGGUGGCACACAAGGUCAGGUCAGUUUCCAUUACAGCCUGCAUCAUUUUUUUCAGGGGUACAUGUUCUCAGACAUACGUUUUCUGUCCUGUGUUUAAAAAAGAAAUCAUGAAAAGUGCACAAGCUUAGCCUUGGUUUAAAUGAGGCAUAUUACAUGCACAUAUGCAUGUGUUCAUUUAAAGUUAAACUGAUAUUGCAGGGGAAAUAAAGAGCAUUAGAGCUUGCAUGGUUAAAUAUCCCCUACUUAUAUCUUUGCUUGGUGCUUCCAGAUCUAAAAGCAGCGCGAAUGCUUUUGAAAUGAGAUUUUCAAACAGUGUCUCUAGAACAGCCUCUCUGCACUUUCAUGGGCACCCAGGAGACCAAACUGAAAACGUAGGUUAAAUUUUGAAAACCAGCUACUACUGAUCAGUCUUUCUCUGUCUCUCUUCUGGCAUUUCCAAGUGUGUACAUCUUUAAUCGUCUUUGCAAAAUGAGAUAGUUUCAGGCCAACCACUCCAGUUCUGAACAAUCUUAGACUCAAGAUCUGGUAAUCCCAGUUAGCAGCUUGACCCUGCUUGUCUCUGUCUCUCUCUUCUCUGCCCCACAUCCCACCCCCUCCUCAGCUUGUGGCUCAGUCUCCUAUGAGCUUCUGAUAUGGCAGCAUAGGGCAAAUAAAUUAAAAGCUGUUGUGGGACGUGGACAUAGUCCAGUAUUCAGCAUAUUUCUGUGCCAGGUCACCACGUCUAUAAGUACAGACAGUAAAAUGAAUCAUCUUUACAUCUGGCAUUUACAGUGAUGGACUGCAAUUGUUCUGAAUUCCAACAGACUGUAUGGACUCAUGUUUGCAUUGAAUGGGAAUAUAUUUUUCAAGAGGGUAAUCAUUUUAAAAAAGAAGAAAUGCAGACUUCAUAAGCAACUGGGAAUUUCUCUGCUGCCUUUAUCACCACCAACCAAAGGAACAAUGAAUUAAUAUGGAUUCCAUCACCCUUCUUUGAUCCUCUGCUGAGGGCAAGAUAAGGAACUGAAAUGUGUUUUCUUUCAUGCGCUAGGUCUGAACUACAGUCUGUUUUCUUGUGGUUUUAUGAAUGAAAUCGUUGGUAUUUGAUAUUUUAAUAGAAGCAAAAUACUUAAUCUUAUGUAAACAAAAUUGCAGUAGUCUUCAGAUUAAUCUAAGGUUGUUAGUCAGACAUUUUCUUUUAAGCUCCCUACAAGUUAGGGGGAAAUUGUGUUUGUUUUUUUUAAAUUAUGUCUAAAAAGACUUGACAAUCUCACAAAUGGUGGUAGAAACAAAACCAUGUAAAAUGUUUUUUUGCAUUUUUUUAAUGGAGGGGCAGUUCUGUUCCUUAACAUUUUACUAGCUGUUGCCUUUUAAAUACACAGACAUCCACCCCACCCACCUCACUCCCUGGUAUGUGUGUGCACAUUAACUCUGCAUCUUGGAUCUUGGCCAGCUCAAGUGAAAGACCUGAGCGCUGCAACCUGAUCAUUCAUUCUCAGGGUGGGACAGACUUCUAAUCCAGGAAUCUUAAUUCUUUAUUAUUGCUGCUUCUGCUUCUUCUUUUUUAAGAGAAUAGUGUUUCACUCAGGCAAAACUACUGUUUUUUUUUUUUUUAGUUUUGUAAGUUCAUGUUAGGGUUGCCAGCUUCUUGGCCAGAGCAGGGCUUCUGUGCCUAUAGCAGCAACACGACAGCUUAGUUAGGUGCAACCUUUCCCUUUCCUGCAGCACACGUUAACUACUGUCAUUGAAGGCACAUGGGGCUCCCUUUAGCACAAGGCAUUAGCAGGCCUAGUGUUAUGUCACUACCCAAGGUGGGGUGCAGGGAUGGAGGCAGAAUUUAUUCAUAGGAAAGCUAUUGAGCACAUGCUAGCAAUGCCUUAUUUUGUCUAGGUUUUAUACCAUGCCUUGUACCAGUGAAGGGCAUGCCGGCCACCCAAGGCACAUUGGAACAAAAUGAGAUUUCACGUCUUCAAAGUGUUUUGGUAUAUGGGUGCAAAGUGGCAAAAAAAUAAUGAUUAAUGGCUUGAUAUUUUUAUGACCUUUCUGUAUAUAACUUGCUUUUUUUUCUUUUUUGGCUGAACUCAGCACUAGGGAGGACCUACUAAAAAGGAAGUAGAAAUGUCAAAGGAUGUACACCAUAUCAUAUGCUAUCCAACCGGAAUUUUAAAACAUGCACCAUGAUCUAUAUUGAACAUGUAUAUGUGAAAACAACUUUCCACAGGCAAGCUCCAAGGAAUGUUCAUUUUUUUUAUAUAUAUUUUAAAAAUUGCUUAAAUUGCUUAGUUUAAAAUCUCUAAGUUAGGCAAUUUGGAUCAGUUUCUCUUGCAUAGAUUUUCAUGCCCUUGCGCUAAUGGAAAGGGCGCUUCCCACGUAUCUCUGGUACAUGAAUUACUGUGGUUAGGGCGGCCUUUGCCAACCCAGUGUCCUCCAAAUGCUUUGAACUACAACUCCCAUCUGCCCCACCCAGCCCAUGGAGUUGCAGUCCAAAACAUCUGGAGGGUACCAGGUUGGCAAAUUCUGAUUUAGGGCAUAUCUACGUUACAAACAUGCCCAGACACAACAUACAGAUACUCAGGUUCACUGGAAAGAGGGCAUUACUUUAAAAAAAAAAAACCCAACACCACCAAAACCUGAUUUUAAUGCUGUAGUCCCAUUCAGUUUCCCAGGAAUCUGCACUGAAUACAGUGGGACUUCUUGCCAAAUGACCCUGCAGAGGAUUGUUCUGUUCAUCUGUGGUUUAGAUAUGCCCAUAAGAUGCAACUUCACCUACCAGCGUGAGAUACAAAGCCAAAAGUCGAUGUAAUUUAGUGUCCUAUGCAAGACCAGCAUUUAACAAAUAGAUGGAGGUAAUACAUAGACAUUAUAGAGGGAAAUAAAAGCAUUUUAGCUGACCAUCUGGAGUUUCUCUACCUGUAACUUGGCAACUAAAUUCUUAGCUGACCAUAGAAAAAUGUGUUUCACUUACUGUUAAGCAUCUCACUUUCUUUCAAAUGGUGGUUAUCUAAAUGCGCCUUUCAACUUCUAGGCUCAGAUACACAUGCUAAUACACUGAAAUAUCACCCCCCCCACACACACACCAAUGCUAAAACAUCGUGUUUCCCUUAUAUCUCUACUGACUGAAUGGUGAAGCACUGGAUAUUAAAUAACACUGUGAUCAUGAACAAAUCUAUCCUUUACAUACUUAUUGAGGGGGGUGGGAAUCCCUCAAACCACCAGUCUCUUACUAAUAUACAAUUGUUUGAAUAAUAUUCUGUUCAGGUAACAUCCUGCCCCACCCCCAAUAGAAAGCAGAAAUGCCAGAUGUGAAACAAAGCAGGUGCUUUUGCUCUUCCUACAGCCAUGGCCAAUGGCAUUUCACUUUCUUUUGAUGAGCCUCCACGAAGGUUGGGCCCCCUGGCUGGGCGAAAGUCAGAAUUUCCCUGAAGCCACCAUUGCUGCCCACAAGGUCCAGUCCUCCAAAGAUUGAUGUCUCUGCAUAACAGUGCAUAACGUCUGUAUCUGUAACUCUCUGUAACUUUUCACUUGAAUAGAGCACUGUUAUUUGAGACCAGCACAAUUGCAUCUCAACUUUCUUUCUGACCCUGAUUUUGGGCUGCAGGUGACAUUAGUUGCCCAUCUUCUCCAAAUUGCUCCCCCUAUUAAUGACCUGAAACAGGGGGAGCAUACCAGGGAGAAGAGAGACCCUCCACAGUUGAAACACCCACCCCCUGUAUCAUUCUCCCUUCGGAGUUUGCUCGGGAGUCCAGGGUCUCUCAUUUCCUCUAACAUGUCUGCCUCUUAUGCCUUCAUCUGGCAUGCUUCUGGAUUGUUUCAAGAGGAAAGGGAAAGAGUUUGUCUGAUCAUAUCCUUCACUGGUUUGGACUUCGCUCCCAAGGUGCUGGUGUCUCCCAGUUCUGGUAUCUGGCCCUGUUGCAUGGAAAACACUAGAGCCUCAUGAAUGUAGCCAUUCUCUUUGAUAACAAAUUUUAGCUGACAUGUUUUCUGGGUCCAAAGGGCUGAACACCUUUCAGGACUAAUCUUUCCUUUCACUGACUUUUCUAGGGUGUAAUGUAUAUUGUGCUUUAAAAUACAGCAAGCUUUCAGUAGGGUAGCUACAAAACUAUAAUGAAAUACGUACCUAAGACACAGGGAGGAAACUGAGAACCAAGUUUCUCUUUGCUUAUAAGCCUGCAAAGUCAUAUAUGAGACAUGUUUACCCGGAAAGUCUCUGGCUUGAGUGUCUUUUAGGAUGCAGUUUCUCAAAAGAGCAACACGUACGUGUGUGUCAAGCAAAUGGUUUGGAUGUAAAUGUGGUGCUAAAUUGUCUCAGACAUGACUAGGAAAGAUGGGUCCUAAAAAAUUGUAUUCCUGGGGAGAUUUCUGCCUUGCUUAUAGCUUUAUGAAUAGCUUCUAGAAAUGUUUUCCCACCUCAGAUAAUUAUGAAUGAAGCUUGGACCGCACAAUGCUUUGGAAAAGUCAAUCUUGCCUCUCUGCUGCAUAGCGCACAACCAAAUAUGCACGUGCAGUAGCUGCUUUUCGAAGGUUUCAACAACUUUUCCUGUUUGAAUGCUUAAAUGCAAAAGAAGCAAAAUGUAAUAGAAAUUUCCAUCAUAGUUGAUCUGGCAAGCAUGAGGGAGUCUAUUUAAGGGUCUGGGUUAUUGCUUCUUUAAAAUAAAAUAAUAAACAAUGUGUGAGCUUCCAAUGCAAAUAUUUCCAAUUUUUUUUAAAUAAAAAAAAUGCAAUCUUAGAAUCACCUUUGAACCAAUAUCUUUUAGGCUGUGUUUUCUUCUGUACGAGUGAGAUGGUCCAUAUGAUGGAAAUAAAGCUUCAAGUUAUAGUGGCACUAGCAAGAUUUCUCUCUCUCUCUGGAAGUUGAAGGCUAUAAUCAGAGCUUCCUGGAUUGGGCUCUGUGGGUGCCAAAUUGCUAGAGCAAUAUACUUAAAAUAUGAACAGGUGACAUAAAAGACAGUAAUCCAUGUAGCCAAAAUGCUAACGCAUAUAUAUAUUUGAAAAAGGAAUGGCAGUGAUGUCUUUAUUCUACUGUAUGUAACACAGUUCAGUUGCACAGUCUAACAGUCUUCAAUUUUUAUGUUUUAAAAUCUAAUCCUGCAAAGUCAGGUUUGGGUCCAUUCAGUGCAUUAGAUUAUAUGGGUUGUUGUUGUUUUUAAAUUAACAACUGUUGUUUUAAUGGGUUUGGAAUGAAAUGUUCUUGUUUUAAAAGCAAUUUUCCAUUUGUUUGUUUAUCUUCUACACCAGUCUAUAUAUAUGGUGUAUAUAUUUUCCUUUCAAAGUAAAAAGAAAAAGAAAAAAAAACCAAGCGAACUGUAAAAUUGUACUUUGUAUAUAUACUACCAUGUACAAUAUUGGAGGUACAUCUCUUCUUUCUUUUUGGUACAGUAUUGUACAGUAUUAGAGGAGUAAAUGUGUUGGAACUGUUAAAUCCGUGCUGAGGGGAAACAAAUAUAUCUGUUGUCAUUAGCAAUAGUUUUGGAAAAAUAAAUGUUUGGGUAUGGUGGAAGUGCUGGCCUACAGACAAA